ACGACGGUUUCCCUUUGGCUCUCAGUUCACUUCCCAGCGCUUGGAGACGGAGGGGAAAUUCUUCCUAAAGAAGCCAAAAGCUCUGCCCCUAAAAUGACGUCAAGGUGUCUAUGCUGCGGCUGCUGCCCAAUGGGAGGGCAGAGAGGAUGCAUCAGCAGAAAGCAGACACUUUGUGCUGGGUUUGCUUGCAACGGGGGGCUGAGGGGUUAAUGUUGUCAGCCAGCGAGGAUCAAAGCGAUUAGAAGGGAAAAGGAGUCCAAAAACCGAAGCUUGCAUUUGUCAACAACAAUUUAUCGCAGAUUGGAGAGCCCGAAAGGGAUCCCAGUGGGAUUUGUGUUGUUACAGAGAAGAAAGAAAGUAAAGGAAACAACAACAAACAGCUGCAGUGGAAAUUCCUCAGAAAGAAAUAUUUACGUUAGGCGUUGACAUCUCUUUUCUGUGCCGUGUACUGCACAAAUACACAUUUGAACUAUAGACUUGCAGGCUAAGAAAUAACAGUAACGUCUUGGGAUCAUCCACACCGGAGUGAGAAUAAACAACACAGUACUACAGCGCGGGAGACUGCGGGAGGGGGUGGGGGGUAGAUGUUUGCAGUGUUUAUUGGGGGGCAGGAUUUGAGUGAUAAAGAACUGACAUAAAACGGGGGCGCUGUUUAAAACUUCAGAGGAAGAUGAUCAGGGAUGUUCCCCCCACCCCCACUGGCUCACAACGUUUAUCUUGAGCAGACUGGGGGGAGGAAGCAGAAGCCCCCACUCCCCCACCCCUGAACAAAUCACCCCAUGGAUAUGCAGGGCAGCGCUUAUUGAGUCUGGAAGAGUCACGACCCCAGUCGUGGCUUCUUGACUUGCUUGUAGCUGUUGCUCUUUCAUGCUCACUUUUAUCGUAUUGCUCCCCCAACAGGCAAAACUUUCUAUUCACACACACACACUGACGUCUUUUGCGCAUUUCCUGCAUUAGAGAGAGCGAGGCAAAGAGAGGUGGGGUGGUGCUGCUGCUGCUACUCAGCCCAGCACCACCGCGAGCCAGCAGCGCUAGCCAUCCAGAAGGCGGUGGUCACCCUCUGCCUUUUUAAAUCUCCAAAGAGCCUGAUCCGGAGCAGACUCCCCUCAUGCAUUGGAUUCGUUCCACUGGAUCUUUGGCCUUUGAGGAGGAGGAGGAGGAGGAGAAGGCGAGGAGGCUCCUCGAUCCUAUGCGGAUGUAAGGUCCCCGGGUGUGUGUUUUCUGAGCAGAGGCUGUGUGAAGUAGGCAGGGCUGGUUGUUUGGCUUGGUGGUUCGGGUUUGUGUGUGUUGCUGCUGCUGCCCACAGACAGUACUAGCGUGAGCAAGAGCCUCGGAUCGCGGUUCUGUCUCCUUUGCAAAGGCUGAUUCAGGAUUAUGAUCUAGGUGAAGGGGAAGUCUGUUGCCCCCCCCCCAGGUUUAUUAUGCUCGGAUUUUGAUUGUAUUUUGGGGGGGUUUCUGCAAACGGCCGUCCCCCCCUUUCCUCCCUUGUUUUCCGUUAGAAACACAGGCACAUUGUAUGUAUUCACGGGGUGUCGCAAGAGCAAAGGCUAAAUAAUCAAAGGUAGCAGCAGCAACAAGAAGGGAGCCCCCACGUUGUGGUCUCCCCCCCCCCGCAGACCUGCUCUCCUAUUUAUUGGUGAGAUCUCCCUGCCUCCCUCCCUGUGCGUGUGAGUGUGUGUGUGAGUGAGUGUGCUUAAUCCCAGGAAAAGUGAAGCCAUCCAACCAUGGUGGUUUUUAAUGGCUUGCUGAAAAUCAAGAUCUGCGAGGCGGUGAAUCUGAAACCCACACCUUGGUCGCUGAGGCAUGCGGUGGGUCCCAGACCACAGACCUUUUUGCUGGACCCUUACAUCGCCCUCAACGUGGACGAUUCCAGGAUCGGGCAGACCUCGACCAAGCAAAAGACCAACAGCCCUGCCUGGAAUGAUGAGUUUGUCACUGACGUUUGCAAUGGCAGGAAGAUUGAGAUGGCUGUUUUCCAUGAUGCCCCCAUCGGGUACGAUGAUUUUGUGGCUAACUGCACUAUACAGUUUGAGGACUUGCUGCAGAAUGGGAGCCGCCACUUUGAGGACUGGAUUGACUUGGAGCCAGAAGGAAGAGUAUAUGUCGUCAUAGAUCUUUCAGGAUCGUCAGGUGAAGCACCCAAAGACAAUGAAGAACGUGUGUUCAGAGAGCGGAUGCGUCCCAGAAAGCGGCAGGGUGCUGUGCGACGCAGAGUUCAUCAAGUCAAUGGACACAAGUUUAUGGCCACCUACCUUAGACAACCAACAUAUUGUUCGCACUGCCGAGACUUUAUAUGGGGUGUAAUAGGAAAACAGGGAUACCAAUGUCAAGUUUGCACUUGUGUAGUCCACAAGAGAUGCCAUGAGCUUAUAAUAACUAAGUGUGCUGGUUUAAAGAAACAGGAAACUCAUGACGAGCAAGUGGGCUCCCAGCGCUUCAGUGUCAACAUGCCUCACAAGUUCAGCAUUCAUAAUUACAAAGUGCCCACCUUCUGUGACCACUGUGGUUCAUUGCUCUGGGGUCUUUUGAGACAAGGUUUACAAUGCAAAGUUUGCAAGAUGAAUGUACAUAGACGCUGUGAAACAAACGUGGCACCAAACUGUGGAGUGGAUGCUAGAGGAAUAGCUAAAGUACUUGCAGAUCUUGGAGUCACUCCAGAUAAGAUCACUAAUAGUGGGCAACGAAGGAAAAAGGGAAAAGGCAACACCGAGAACUCUGGUCUUGGGCUAAUUGCAGGUGCAGAAUCUCAGCAGCCAGUUCCUGGAACCACACCUUCAGAAGAAGACAGGUCAAAGUCAGCACCGACCUCUCCGUGUGAUCAGGAAAUCAAAGAGCUUGAAAACAACAUUAGGAAAGCUUUGUCAUUUGACAAUCGAGGAGAAGAACACAGAGCGUCAGCAACAACGUCAACAGACAAUCAGCUUGAUAAACCUGGGGAGAAUGGUGAAAAUGGGGAAGUCAAACAAGUCCAGACCAAGCGAAUGGGUCUUGAAGAGUUCAACUUCAUUAAAGUAUUAGGGAAAGGCAGCUUUGGCAAGGUCAUGCUAGCUGAGCUAAAAGGUAAAGAUGAAGUAUAUGCGGUGAAAGUCUUAAAGAAAGACGUCAUCCUUCAAGAUGAUGAUGUAGACUGUACAAUGACAGAAAAGAGAAUUCUGGCAUUAGCACGGAAACAUCCCUAUCUAACACAACUUUACUGCUGCUUCCAGACCAAGGACCGCCUCUUUUUCGUCAUGGAAUAUGUAAAUGGUGGAGAUCUAAUGUUUCAAAUUCAGCGCUCACGCAAAUUUGACGAGCCUCGAUCCCGCUUCUAUGCUGCAGAGGUCACAUCAGCACUCAUGUUUCUUCAUCAGCAUGGCGUCAUCUACAGAGACCUGAAAUUGGACAAUAUUCUUCUGGAUGCAGAGGGUCAUUGCAAGCUGGCAGAUUUCGGAAUGUGUAAAGAAGGGAUUCUGAACGGAGUAACAACCACUACAUUUUGCGGAACACCAGACUACAUAGCUCCAGAGAUCCUCCAUGAGUUAGAAUAUGGUCCCUCAGUAGACUGGUGGGCUUUGGGUGUUCUGAUGUAUGAAAUGAUGGCUGGGCAACCUCCUUUUGAAGCUGACAAUGAAGAUGAUCUCUUUGAAUCCAUCCUUCAUGACGAUGUGCUCUACCCAGUCUGGCUCAGCAAAGAAGCUGUCAGCAUUUUAAAAGCAUUCAUGACAAAAAACCCAAAUAAGCGACUAGGCUGUGUGGCGUCGCAAAAUGGGGAGGACGCGAUUAAACAGCAUCCGUUCUUUAAGGAAAUUGACUGGGUUCUUCUUGAACAAAAGAAAAUCAAGCCACCCUUCAAACCUCGGAUUGUAAGUAGCAGUUUGAGUAAACUCUGGAAAUAA